UACCAUCAAAGACGGAGGUUCCGUAAUGAAAGCAGGAUGUUGUGGUGCAGACCAGAGAGCUCCGAUAAGCUUGUUGGGGAGUUUCUUGGCACCGGACCCGUAAUCAGAAACAAGAUGAUAAAAAACUGGGGUGUCAUUGGUGGAGUAGCUGCUGCCAUUGCAGCUGGUGUAUACGUUUUGUGGGGCCCAAUUACAGAGCGAAAGAAGAGAAAGAGAGGUAUGGUUCCUGGUCUGUUGAACUUGGGUAACACCUGCUUCCUGAACUCCUUGCUUCAGGGCUUGGCAGCAUGUCCGUCCUUCAUCAGGUGGCUUGAGAAGUUUUCAGGUUCACCUCCCAUCCAGUCAUGUAAAGACAACCAGCUGUCCACAACACUACUUCAGCUUCUCAAAGCUCUGUCCAGUGAUGAGCCUGGGGAGGAAGAUGUACUUGAUGCUGGAUGUCUGCUGGAUGUUCUCAGACUCUACCGGUGGCACAUCAGUUCAUUUGAGGAGCAGGAUGCCCAUGAACUUUUUCAUGUCCUUACAUCUUCUCUGGAGGAGGAGCGGGAUCGCCAACCCAAAGUCACUCAUUUGUUUGACAUGCAGUCGCUCGAGAGUCUUCCUGAUCAAGAUGAGAAAACUAUGACUUGCAGAAGUCGAGCUCCUCUUCAUCCAAUACCAAGUCCAUGGAAGUUCCACCAUCCUUUUCAUGGUCGUUUAACGAGCAACAUGUCAUGCAAGCGCUGUGAACAACAAAGUCCAGUACGGUAUGACUCCUUUGAGAGUCUUUCCCUGUCCAUCCCUUUACCUCAGUGGGGUCGGCCAAUUUCUUUAGAUCAGUGUCUACAACAUUUCAUAUCCUCAGAAACCAUCAAAGAAGUAGAGUGUGAAAACUGCACCAAGCUUCAACAAGGGACCACAGCCAAUGGGCAGGUUCUGGAAAGCCAGAGGACAACAUUUGUUAAACAGCUUAAACUGGGAAAGCUCCCUCAGUGUCUCUGCGUCCAUUUACAAAGACUGACAUGGUCUAGUGAAGGAACUCCCAUUAAAAGACAGGAGCAUGUGCAGUUUACAGAGUAUCUAUCAAUGGACCGCUACAAACACAACACUUCCACCCAGAGGAGUCAGCGGAUUAAAUGUACUCCAAAGCCCCAAAAAGCAGAAAAAUCUGAUGACACCAUUGAAAAGCACACCGCUAAUGGCACUGAUAACAACAACAAACCUCUUUCCAAUGGAAGCUGUUCGUCAGUCUUUCUCCAUCCUUCUGCUGUGAACCCACAGCUCAGCCUCACAUAUGACUACAGCCCCACAGAGUACCUUUUCCAACUCGCGGCUGUGUUGGUUCACCAUGGUGACAUGCACUCAGGACAUUUCGUAACGUACCGGCGCAGCCCUCCCUCACCUCGCAGUUCUUCACCAUUUAGCUCCCAGUGGCUUUGGGUGUCUGACGAUUCUGUACGCAAAGCUAACCUGCAAGAGGUGCUGUCUUCCAACGCUUACAUGCUCUUCUACGAAAGAGUCCGAAGACUGAACCUCGCUCUUCGGUCAGAGGAGUAACCAGGACCUCGCAAUCCAACAGCCUGACUGUUUGUCUGCCUUUCCAGUCAAACGGUCACAGCUUUACCUAUGUGCCAGUUACAAUGUGAUGGAUUAUGACCUUGUGACACUGAAACCAGAAGGGAAAGUCACACUAGAUACAGGUACAGUAGUGAUAAUAUUGCAUCAUGGAUCACAGCAACAUAGUGAAGGUCAUGCUAUGAUAGGAAAUCCAUGAGUGGACAAGUUUGCUGCUCUGAUGCAGAGCAGGAGGUUCUUAAUCCCAAAGACUUCGGACAUGCAGGAUCUUCAUUCAAAUGUUGUUGAUCAAGUAACCUUUCUUUUUACAGUUGUGUGAAAGUGUCUGUCAUUGAACAUUUUGGCUGCCACCAGACAAAAAAACAAGAAAACCUGAUAAUAUAGUGCAUUCCAAGUUAAUAGCCUUGCAAUAACUUGUACAUGUAUGAAGCUUUAAAUGUUCAGCUUUGUUGAUGCUGUAAGAAGACAAUUCUGUGGCAUUUUCAUGCUGUAGUGUUUGAAUGCAGUGUACUUUAAGGUGUUCCUGUUAUUUAACUUAUUUUGUCCAACACCUGUACUUUACAGACAUAAUGGUUUAUUAGGUCUUUUUGGAGAUAUUACUUAGCAGUUGUUAAAUAUGAAAAAUCAAAUAAGUAGAAUGUUCUUCAAUUCUGGUUCUCUGUUGUCUAAUCGAAUCUAAAUUGCCUAAUAAUUCCCAGAAGUGUAUGUAAACUAUUCAAAAUGGUUUCAAUCGACAUUGUUCAUAAACUAUUGAAUUUGAUAUUUUUCUAUGUUUCCAAUAAUGAUCCUUAGACUGUCGAGAUUUGCAUAGUUGCACAGUUGAGAUUAAAGUGCCAUGUUGCCUUUAAUGCUCGAGAUUUGUGAACAUGAGAUAAAAUGUGAUGCAUUGCAGCUGUUUGGUAUGGUGUCAAGAUUUCUGCAGGGUGUGGUUUAAUGGAUAAAAUAUCCACAAGCCAGAGUAUGACUGCAGGUUUUUGGGAAAGUUAUCCUCAUUAUUUUUAAUUCUGUGUUACUGAUGACUACCAUUUUGCUCCUACCAAACAAGCUAAGUCAAAUUGAGAAAGGGCCUUGUGCAAAACCCCUUGUUAAUUUUGCAAUUUGCACUAAUGUAUAUUCAUGUCAGAUUGUGUGUAUUUGUGUGCAAUCUGUAAAGGUGAUUGUUUUCAGAUAUUAAAAAGAUAAAAACAAACAUGCACUUUAGAAGGGUUUUUUCUUAAAGGGAGACUUCUAUAUGCUAAUGUUUAGGGUUAGACUU